GGCUCCCGCUCCCUUCGGUAGGAUGUUCGUGAAAUCCGAGGCCUUGGAGGUGAAGGAGGAAGCGGACAUGCUGGUGCUGCUCGGCGCAGCCUCCCCGGCGGCAGCGCGGACACCACUGCCGUCCAGCGCGGACGAGGACGACGAGGAGCGAGGCGCGCCGGAAGGGGCGCGUCGGCCGCUGGGGGGCGGGCCCGGGGCGCGGCUGUUGGGCCUGGGGCACGAGUGCCGGCGGCGUCCUUCCAGGGCGCGAGUAGCUUCUCGAGGCGCCAAGACGGCCGAGACGGCGCAGCGCAUCAAGAAGACCCGCCGGCUGAAGGCCAACAACCGCGAGCGUAACCGCAUGCACAACUUGAACGCGGCGCUGGACGCCCUGCGCGAGGUACUGCCCACGUUCCCCGAGGACGCCAAGCUCACCAAGAUCGAGACCCUGCGCUUCGCGCACAACUACAUCUGGGCGCUCACCGAGACCCUGCGCCUGGCUGACCACUGCGGCGGGGGCCUGCCCGCCCCGCUGCGCCCGGAGGCCACGCUGCUGAGCCCGGGCGGCGCCCUGGGCAGCGUGGGGGACAGCCCGUCGCCCUCGUCCACGUGGAGUGGCACAGACAGCCCCGCGCCGCCCUCCUCCGCGCCCUCCACCUCCACCUCCCCCUACAGCUGCGUCUUCUCCCCCUCCAGCCCCGUGGGGUCGGAUCGGGACUGCUGGCAGCCCGCUCCACCCGACAAACGCCGCUGCGCGCCUCGCCGCCCAACGGUCCGGGAGUGCGCCUAGGCCGCGUCCCGGCCUCGCGCCAGGCCUCGCUCCCUGCUGCCCCGCCUUACCCGCCGCGCCCCUCUCUGCCCCACUUCCCGCGCCCUGGAAACCGGCUCGAGUCCAGAGCAGAUGCAGACGUCCGGCUUCGCCGCCGCCUGCCGGUCCCCCGGCGAAGGGCUUCCUUUAUUCAGACAGGCUCGGGGUUAUUGAGGCUGAGACGGAGACCGU